AUGGAAGUAGAAGUGAUUGAUCUCACAAACUCUCCUCCAUCUUCCCCAGAAAAUAUAAAGCCAUAUAAACCCUCAAGAAUCAUCAAAUUCACAGCUUAUAUUUUUUCCAGGAAAAUUCGAUUCAAGGUCAAGAAAUCUUGCUUACCCUCUUCCUCCACGUUUAACCCUAACCCUAAUCCUGCCAAUUCGGGAACUUCCUUGUUUUCUCAAGCUACCGAUGAUCAGCUUAAUUGGACUCCUAAGGAGCAUCAGCAAUUUUUGAUGGGGCUGAUGAAGUGUGGAGUAGGUCGAUGGAACAAAAUCGCCAAGAAGUUUGCGAAGAACAAGACAGCAAGACAAGUUGAGAGACAUGCCACCAAUUUCUUCAUCAGUUUCCUCCAAACGCAUCUCUCUUCUAAUAAUGAUCUCAUGAACACAUUGGCCUCUGCUUUGAAACCAAACCCUCAAAAUAAGAUGCAAGAAGAAGAAGAUCAUGUGGGCCCACUCCCACCACGAACCCUCAUGCUCUUCUCAGAUAAUGGAGAAUCUAGCAGCACCAGUGAGAUCUCUGGGAUGAUGAACACGACAAGAACAUCAUCACGUGUUGCUGAUGAUCACGAUGAUGAUGAUAAUGGUCAAGUUGAUUUAGAGCUGCGUUUGGGUUGA